AUGGCGGCCCCAAUGCGCUGUGCCCUCCACAGUACUGCUCGCUCUUCCUCACUGUCCUUUGCCCGAUGUAUAACCACCGUCGACUCGCCCAAAGCAUCAACACCACAGCCGAACAUCACCGCCAAUAACGGGCCUCCGCCCGCCCCGUACCGAACGCAGCCCGGGCUCUGCUCUGGCAUGAGCCCUGGGACCUCUUCCGGGAGCUCGCACCACACCUUCUUCGAUCCCAAGGGACCAUUAUGGUUCGGCGCAGGGGGUGAUCAGCCGCCCGAUCCGAAUAAGGCCAACCUGGGUAACACUUUGAGGAUACUGCAAGAACGGUUACCGACUCUUCUUCAAUCUCCACUUCCUCAAGACUUGCUUGCACCGAACAUCUCCCUCCACCUCUUUCCCUCGACCCAUCCUCACCUACCCACAGUCUCCGGCCGCGUUGCGUACAAUGCAGCGCUUUGGACCUCCCCUAUAGCUUGGAACCGAGUGCCGAUCAUUGGAAACGUCAAAAUAGAGAUCCUUGCUGAGCGCGUAACCACCGAGCCUAUCACCUUCUUGCCUCGAAGAGCUGGUGCAAUCCCCGAACAAUUGAUCGUCAGAUGGUGCGAGAAGCGCAAGCCGGCGGCCGGGGGCGGUAGCCAUAUCAGUACUAUUGCCAAAUCCCUUCGGCUUGUCGGCCGCGAAGAUGGCGUUGAAGCCAACAAGGCCUUCACGGGCCUUUUCAUUUUCGACUUUGACCAGGAGGGCAGGAUCCUCAGUCACACCAUCGAAACAGCCCAGGAGGGUGGUAACUGGGAGAAAGGAGUCGGCGCCAAGUUCGUGGGCUUGACUGACUGGCUCCUUGGCGGGAUACGAGAUCCCGGCGGCUCGGGAACCCCAUUGCCAAUGUUCGAGAGAACUAUGAUGACGAAGAAACUAUGA